GGUGCCUCCCUACCAGGCGCGUCCUUCCGGGUGGCGGAUGGAAGGAACCCGCGACUCAGGAUAAUUUCCCUGUCGCGGCUACUCCGAAUGUCCAAUAAGGAGUCGCGGACCAGGCAAUGUGACUGUCAUGCUUUCUAGGUACCCACUCAUAUUUAAAACGGAGUAAGUUUUAAUCUAUUUCUGUAUUAUAUUUAUUAUUACUUUUCUGUAGCCAAUAUCCAGAGGUUAAAGGUCUUUUCAAGGUUCUGGUAUAUCAGGUACUAAGAGAACCAUGUUUCAUCUUAACUACUCAGUCAUUGUUCAGCUUGUACAUAAAUGUCUUAUUAAUAUUUAUUUCCAAAUACAGUCCCCCAAGAAGGUUGGUGACGACAUUGCCAAGGCUACCAGCGACUGGAAGGGUCUUAAGAUCACUGUGCAGCUGAUUGUACAGAACAGACAGGCCCAGAUCUCUGUGGUGCCCUCUGCUGCUGCCCUCAUCAUCAGAGCACUCAAAGAGCCACCACGUGACCGCAAGAAGCAAAAGAACAUCAAGCACAAUGGUAACAUCACUCUUGAAGAUGUUAUCAGCAUCGCCAAGACCAUGAGAGCCAGAUCCAUGGCCCGUUACUUGUCCGGGACAGUCAAGGAAAUCCUUGGUACCGCACAGUCUGUUGGCUGCACAGUUGAAGGCAGGCCUCCACAUGACCUCAUCAAUGACAUCAACUCUGGUGCCCUGACCAUUGAUGAAUAAACCUAACAUAUAAGUGUAAC